AGGAAAGUGAGAAAAACCAAUAUAUCUUUGUAUAUGCUCCUUCCUCUUCUAUGGUAAGAACUGAGAACUAGGAGCUACCCAAGUGACCCUGAGGAGCAGCUAAGUUUCUCCAAGAGAAUGGUUUUGGUAGGGGAGUUUCUAGGCGGGGCUGCUCUCGGAGCAGCAUUCGGGCUGCUGUUUGAUGUGGUUAAGGAAGCGAUUGAUAAGUCUACAACGUUUAAUUCCCUCCUCAAGAACAUCAAAUCCACUCUAGACUUUUUAAAACCGGUGAUCGAAAAGAUAGCAGAGCAGAACAUGGAAUUGGGUCUCCCAGAGGAGGAGAUAAGGUAUCUCACACAACAAAUGGAGGAGGGCGUAGAGCUCGUUCGUAGGUCAUCAAAGGUUUGUAAGUGGAACUGCAUGAAGUAUCACUACACGGACCAACUUGUGGAACUAGAUGGGUCUUUGAGAAGACUGCUUGAUGUAUUGAAGGUGCAAGGAGUGAGGGAUGUGAAGGAGACUCUGGUUUUGGUGAGGAAAAAUGGUGACCAACUUAUUGAAUCGGCAAGGGAUGGGAAGGAGACCUUGUAUUUGGUGAGGAAAAAUGGUGACCAACUUACUGAAUCGGCAAGGGAUGGGAAGGAGACCUUGGAUUUGACGAGGAAAAUAAACAUGUUGGUCAAGCGAAUUGAACGUUUGGUAAUCCUUUGUCCUCACAAAGGGAAGUCAAGAAAUCAGACCAGGAAUAGAGUUUCAAGCGCAAACAAAAGGGGAGGAAGAAGUCGAUUUUCGGAGGCAGCAAGUUCAAGGAUAAAUGAGUCGCAUACUGAGGGCCAAGUUUUAGAGACAUCCAACUCCAGAUUUUUCAGUUUCAAAGAGUUGAAGACUGCUUGUAGGAAUUUUCGGCCAGAAGGAUUACUUGGUGAGGGAAGUUUUGGAAAGGUUUUCAAGGGUUGGGUGGAUGAGAAGACGCUUGUUCCUUCAAAUGUUGGCACCGGAAUGAUCAUUGCUGUUAAGAAAUGGAAGCCAGAAAGCUUCCAAGGCCUUGAAGAGUGGAAGGCAGAGGUGGACUUUCUAGGAACGCUUUCUCAUCCCAACCUUGUUAAACUAUUGGGAAACUGCUCAGCGGACAACGAGCUACUCCUUGUCUAUGAAUUCAUGCAGAAAGGAAGCUUGGAGGUCCAUCUUUUCAAAAGAACCCGAGACAUUGAAGCAGUACUGUCUUGGGACAAUAGACUCAAAAUAGCUAUCGGAGUAGCUCGAGCCUUGACUUUCUUACACAGUUUACCAAAACAAAUCAUACACAGAGAUGUCAAAUCCUCUAAUAUAUUGCUUGAUGAGAAUUACAAUGCAAAACUCUCCGGUUUUGGCUUGGCAAUAUUGGGGCCAACUGAUGGAGAAUCAUAUAUAGAGACUAAAGUUAUUGGCACAUAUGGUUAUGCUGCUCCAGAAUAUGUUUCAACAGGUAAUUUGUACGUGAAGAGCGAUGUGUACAGCUUCGGUGUUGUGCUGCUCGAAAUUCUGACAGGUCUAGGGGCCAUUGAUACAAACCGUUCUUUUCCGAAACAGAAUUUAGUCGAUUGGGCUAAACCACUUCUCUCUCAUAAAAGAAAUUUGAAAACCUUCAUGGAUGCCAAGAUAAAUGGCCAAUAUUCCUCCAAGGAAGCAUUACAGACAGCAAAGGUUACCCUAAAAUGCCUAGCAUCAGAUCCUAAAGGUCGUCCUUCGAUGAAAGAAGUUGUGGAUGCAUUGGAGCAGAUUCAGGCAAUCAAGGAAUACUCAAAACAAACAGAACUUACCCCAACUACAAAAUCUACUCCAAGUUCUCAAUCCUGAAUACAUCAUGGCAAUGAAUGAACAAUGCCACUUACAUAGUGUUAAGAAUUGGAUCAUAUAGAUUUUAUGUGCAAACUAUAAACGCAUAAUGAUACAAUUUUGUUGGUUUGAA